UGACGUAACUUGUAAUUAACUUGAUUUGCUGAAAAAAUGUUGAGUUUGAGUAAAUGUUGCGUCGUUUUGCCACCUUUUCCAGUCUUGUUCAGCGAUGUUGAGCGUUGUUCAGUUGAUUUUGAAGGCCGUCAAAAAUGUUCAGUGGACAGGAUUAAAUUUCUUUUGUUCACAGAUGUUGUAGAGAAAUGUCCAGUCGUUUUGCCACUCUACUGAACAUUGCCCAGUCAAUGGCGCACGUGCAAUUGAUGCAAUGGAUUGGAUUUGGCGCGAAUUCAUUUCCCAAAAUUUUCUGGAUGUCCACACACUGAACAAAGUGAGCAAUGUCCAGUGCAAAUGUCCAGACGAAUCAAAUCCUAUCUAACAGUAAGGGUUUCAGAUUUUCCAUACAGGCUGCACGAAGGGGAAUGCCCUUGUUUCAAGGUUAAGUCACGAGACUUCAAAGAAAUAACAUCGAUGCAAUUUGAAACCAACUUCCAAAUGAAGAAGAUCACGAGACAUAAGCCUUCAAUAGCGUUGGGCUUGAUUCAGAAUGCGAUCUACACUGUACAGCUCUUUCAACGGAAAACGUCUUGUAAGGAAACAAGAUGAGCUGCUGCUCGCAAGCAGAAAUAGGUGCAGGCGAAGAUAACGCUUUGGUCGAAAGCUACCAACAAAGAUUUCGAAAUGGACGCCAAAAAAAAGACCAAAGUCGUGGAGAAAAAGCAUUCAUUGCCAUCUUAAAAACUGUUUAUUGUACAGCAGGCUACUGGGUGCCUUCGAGUUGCUGUUACAUGUACGUGUUAUGGUUGCUGUGUUUGUCAUGUUUCCAGCUUGUGUACGACCUGUUCACUGUCUUCAACUGUCCGAAUUUCGACUGCCGCUUUCUUAUAGACACCAAAACCCAUACAAACCCGAUGCGAAAGGCUCAAAAUGCUGCAUAUACGUUGGCCUCGAUCGGUGGUCUCUUUUCGUAUGUGUUUAUGAUUGCAACACUGUACGUAGCAAGGAACAAGAAGAAAAACGCUCUCGGCCCGACGGCAAUCAAAAAAGAUAUCAGCAAGAGCAGGCUCUGUACCUUGGUGUUGCUCCUGGUUAUUAUUGGUACAUGCUAUGCGGCCUCUGUGUCGAUGUUCUACUAUCUAGUCCGGAAUCAGAUCUCGUCCCGGAAAUUCAUCCUUCUGGCAACAGGUGUAGGAUCACAGCUGAUAACUCAAUGGACCGGAUUAGUGGCCUGCUUCGUGUUUGCAGGAUCGUCGCUUGCUCUGGGGGCCUUUUCAAGAGAUUUGGAGACAAGGAUAAAGGCUAUGGAGACAGAAAAUGUGAACUCUUCCAUCGUCAUGCACCAAGAAUUCGCUAGGAUCGUUAGUGAUACAGUGGAUUCCUUUUCGCUAUGGUUCGUCUUCCAUUGGAUCCUGUAUGGGCUAACGACCAUUGUUGCUUUGGUUGUUGUCGCAAGCCAUUUUGGGAAUGAACAUAACGUCAUUAAAGAGAUCUACUUGUGUUUCUUUCUGGGAAUUCACUUGUUUAUGUUCGUGUUUCCUUGUGUCUGCGCAGCUUACAUCACAAGUACUUGCAACGGUAAGAUAGCAAGGUUGUAUUUACAUUAGAGUCUUUGUACUUUGUCUUUAUCAAUGCACAAAAUCCUGAUUUGUGAAGACAGAACGGUUCGUUUUCACCUUGGACUCAUCCACAAUGUGAGAGAUCAGCUGUUCUCUAUUCUCAAAGAUAGGGGCCCACCAAACGCUUAUCUUGUCUCUUGCGUUAUUUUGAAUUCGCAACUGAAUUACCUUGUGAUCAUAAUACUGUAUUUCAUCCGUGUCUGACAUAAGGUAUCUACUUUACUAUACUGCAACCCGUCGCGUUUGAACUUUUUCAAGCCACUCUGAAUUUUUUUAUUACAAAAUCUACAGCCCGAUAGACGACGUAUGUGACGCCUCUUGUUAUAAAAUGUCCAGAAAGGCCUCAUUUUGACAGUUUUUCCAUAAAUAAUUUACAGCGAACUAUAAUGUACAAGUCUACAUUGCACCUGAAUUUCCGUCCAAGCUAAUUAUAGAAAGCUCAACUCAAAAUGCAUAGAGAUUAAGAAACACUGAAACUGUACUGCGUGUUCCUCUUUUCAUAACACCAAAGGGCAGAAUUCCACUUCCUUCCGUGGGCCUUAGCUAUGGUCCCAAUUGAGCAUAAAUGUCAAACAUGCACCGGGCAUGCACCAGAUCUUCAAUCCUUCAACAAGGUUCAAAGAAAACAUUGUAGAGAUUUGCUUUUGCUUUUCUUGUUUUCUUCAUUUCUUUUGAAUUUGAUUUGGACUUCCUUAGAUUUACUUGCAGCUAUCUAAUUUAGAUAACAAAAUUUUUAAAUGGGUUUUUAAUACGCAGCUCUUUUCAAACAGCCCUGUA